CAUUUCAUUUCAUUUCUUUCUACUUCUUUAUUUUCAUUCUUAAAAGAAACAAGUACAAAAGUACUUUAUAUUUUUAAUAUAUAAUAUAUUAAAUUAUAUAUUCAAACCAAUAACCAAAAAGAAAAGAAAAGAAGAAGAAUACUACCUUACUCCCCACUCUCUUACUUAUUCUCUCUCUAUUUUUAUAUUCGUAUAAAAUUAAAAACAAUAAAAAUCAGAUAUAAACACUCACUCAUGGAAGAUAUCACCUCUAAUUAUGGUCGAAUGCAACUUGAAUCUGCCCAACAGGAUGACUGGAGAUUCAAUCAUCAGGACAGCAUUCUUGACCUUAUUCAACACAUCAACAACGAAACCCUUCGACAGGCAAUGAAGUCAGAAAUCAAACAUAUGGCCAUAGAUCAUGCACGUCUGGUCAAUAUGCUCAAACAACGCACCGACCAUCUCGAAUUCGAAAACGCAGAACUAAAGAUCGCAACCAGCGAACACCAGAGACGCUACGAGAAGGCUGUACGUGAGAUGCAGUUCUUUAAGAAAAGAUUCGAAAAGGCAGCGGAAAUGGCUCAACAACAACAACAGUCUUCAAGGCCAAGAAGCCUGUCCAUUGAAUCAGGUUCAUCAGUCGAAGGUCCGCAAAAAUCUUCGUUCCAGUCUCCUCCUUCUUGUCCUCUCACACCCACCAGUCCUCCUCCUUCAUUCUCAAUUGAUGGCACAACAAUCUAUGAUGUCUCUCCGGCAGAGGCCAUCAAGAGACCUGUCCCGACCUCCUCUGCAUCCUCCAUUUCAUCCCAUGUUCAAUACACCUCAGCAUUCAAUGAUACCCCUUCAUUUCAGACCGCCCGGCGCCACUCCAAUGCUACCCAGAGUGUUCUGAGCGGCCAGUCAAACUCCAGUAACCCCCACCCAGCAGCACCUCUCACCGACACACAAUCUUCUUCUAUCCCAGCCACAUCUGAUAACACAAAUCUCCAACGAAAGGCAUCGACUGUCCCAUCUGUGAACUCUUCUGGGUCUUCUGGGUCUUCUGUACACUCCAGCCCUUCUGUACCACGCAAUGCUUUCCAGCCAAUCGCCAAACAGCACCGCGUCGAUCCAUUGACCUUUGGAGGAUCAGACAGCUUCUGGGAAACAAUUGCCAAAAGCAAAUCUACUGAUUCUGCAGUUGAGAAAAUCAUCAGCAAUUUUCUUCGACGUGGUGGGUCUCCCAACACAGCAAACCAAACGCUCUCUUCGCGUGGAAUCCAAUAUGGCUAUGGACUGAUUCAUGCUGCCAUUGCAGUCAAGGCUAUUACAUCGCUUGAGCUAUUGCUGCAGCAUGGUGCAAACCCCAAUGCCAUGUCUUUGGCAAUCACCGAAGAAGACAAGAUAUCUCCGUGCUAUUUGGCUGCGUCCGUGGGCUGGCUCCCAGGUCUGCAGGCUCUUGUCCAGGCAGGCGGUGAUUUGAUGACUGCUCGCGGGUAUGGACAAAAGGGCAAGACUGCAUUACAUGUCGCGGCUGAAAAAUGCCAUCUUACUGUGGUGGAAUACAUCUCGAGUGUAACCCACAACGAUCUGGCUCUCUUGACUGACAAUGAAGGUAAUACCGCAUUGCAUUAUGCUGCUGCUUCAGGACACACUGGUAUUGUGACAUACUUGAUCAAAUCUUGCCACAUCCCACCCAACCAACCGUCUCAAAAGGACGAAAUUGCUUUACACUGGGCAGCUCGUAGUGGAAGACUAGAGGUGGUUACUCUUCUUGUGGAACGUUGCGGAUCUAAUGUGAAUGCCUAUGUGCCACGGAAAUUGGGUACCUCUCUUGACCUCGCCAAAGCAGGAAACCACAAGCGUGUGGUCGACUAUCUUAAGGGAGCCGGUGCAGUUGGGGCCAAGAAGAUGGACAAACGACGGGAAGAGGAAUUGGCCAAAGAGGUACCUGGUCAUCUUGCUGCCAGACUGGCAAAGAAUGGUCUUUUCUUUUCAUAAAAUAAUAAUAAUAUUAUUAUUAUUAAUAAUAUUAAUUUAAUUUUGAUUUAUUUAUUAUAUGUUAUACAUAAAAGAAAGGACAAAACUUUCCCUACCCCUUCCCUUUACUCACUCUAUUCAUUCACACACUCUAAAAAUUACUUUCAUUUUAUGUUUCUUUACUUCUUUACUUUCUUGGUCGAUAUUUAUCCUUCUUUUUCUUAAAUUUAUAUAUUAUUUUUCUUAUUCUUCUUCCUCUUCUAUUUGUCUAUUUAUUUUAUUUUACCCAUUGCAUCUCACUGCAUUAUUUUACAUAAAUCUAUUAAUUUUUUUUUUCACUUGCUGGACAUGAACAACCCUAUCCAAAAAAGG